AUGAAUACUAUAUUUUUAAUACCAAUAAAAAAAUAUUUUUAUUUUUAUUUAAAGUCAAUUCAACAAUCAUAUUUAAUUCACUUAAGUAAUAAUGAAAAUAGAAAUAGUAAUUUUGAAUUCAAUAUUAUGGAAAUUGGUACUAAUGAUUGUAAAAAUUCUAUUAUUGUUAUAAAUAAAUUAAUGAAAUAUUUAAAAAUUAAAAGUAAUAAUAAAAUAAUUAAUAGUCUAAGGGGUAAUAAUAAAAUCAAAAUAUUAUUUAAUAAUGAAAACUAUAUAUCAAUUUUAAAUGAAAUCAACCAAUUUACAAAUGAAAUGGAUGAAAAUAAUUAUAUUAGAAUUUCAAAUAACAUUGAUUAUAGUUUACUAAACAAAUCUCAUUUCAAGCAAAUAACUAGUAAUGAAUCAGUAGAUUUUAUAAUUUCAACAUUUUUAUUUCAAAAUAGUAUUUAUGAUGAAAGAUAUUAUAAAAAUGAAGAUUCCAUCAUCAUGGGGCAAAAAACAAGAGAAUACUCUACCUAUUGCAUAAAUCAACUAUCCGGUUUACUGAGCUUACGUGAAAAGGAAUUAAAAAAAAACGGAACAAUGAUUAUUACAAUUAUUGGUGAAUAUAAUAUUUUAUUUCAUAAAAUUUUCAAUAUUAUAAAAUUAAUAUUAAAAAACCAAUUAAUAAUAAAUAACAAUAACAAUAACAACAAUAAUCAAAAUAAUUUAAUUGAUGAAAAUAAUUUAAAUAAUAUAUUAAAUAAAAUAGUUUUACCAAUUAAUUUUUAUACCAAGUAUGAAAUAAAUGAAGUUAUUAAACAAUUAGAACUCAAAAAAUCAAAUUUAUCAUUAGUAGAAUGCAUUGGUGACCAUUUAGUCUCCCCAAAUCAAGACUUUAAUCAAUUUUUUAUAUUUUUAAAUAAUUUUAUAGAACUCAAUUUUAAAAAGCUAUUAUUUAAAUAUUGCUUUUCAAAUAAUGAAUUCAUAGAUAGGUUUUAUAGUUUAUUUUUUACAAGUCUAAAAGAACAUUUAACAACCAAAGAUACAUGUAAACAAAUAAUAAAAGAUUUCAGAUUAAAUUAUUAUAUUUUAUCAUUUUCAAAAAAAUAA